UGUUCGAUCAUGUUAUCAUAGUUUCUCACUAAACUUUAUUAAUUUAUUAUAAUUUAAAUGCGUUUAAUCACGAGGCAAUGUUAUUUGAUAAUAGUUAAAGAUCUUUAUCAGCAGAUGUGAUGUUGGAUUGAAAUGAAGUUGAUUGUGAACAAAUCAAUAUGGCACUCAAGCUUGGAAAAUGCAGGCUUUGCCUCAAGCUUGGCGAUUUCUAUUCCAUCUUCACGGUGGACAACAAUUUGCAACUCGCCGAGAUGGUUAUGGAAUGUGCGCGGGUUAAAAUACAAGAAGGCGACGGUCUCCCCGAUAAAAUAUGCAGCGAAUGUAUUCAAAAGUUGAGCAGUGCGCAUAUUUUUAAACAACAAUGUGAAAGGUCGGAUCAAGAGUUGCGACGUAAUUAUGUUCCACCACCAGGUUUUAGUUCAACUCCACCACCUAUUGCUCGUCAGAGCAGUGAUUCCGCCUUCUCAACGGACGCUUCUAAACCCUCUUCGUCCUUAGAAAGUAAAGUAACACCCGCUAGUAGAGUGCGCAAGAGAAGCGGAGAGAGCAUCGGUAAUACAUCUAACAGUAGCUUUUCCCACGAUUAUCAACCUGGCACUUCCAAACGAGUGGAAGAACUGCGAAAGUCUCAGAAAAGACGAAAAGUUCGUGAUGACGUCAGAGACGACUCAGAUUUUGAAGAUAAUAGCGCAUCAUUCUAUUCUGCCGGGACAGACUCUGAUGAACCGCUAGAUUUCAAAUGCGAUGUCUGUUCGAAAUCCUUUAAAAGUUACAUUAGCAUGUCUGCACACAAAAAAAGCCAUAGCAAAAGAAAGACUGUGGUACCUAAGCAGCCUGUAGCUCCGCCUCUACUCAGCACUCCACCUUUACACAGCACUCCGCCUCCGCAAAACGACGCUCACGAUGUCGAAGAUGUUUCUAAAUGUGAGAAGUGUGGCAAGACAUUUAAAUUGAAUAUAAUGCUUAAGAGGCAUGUGGACGUGUGCGGAAAAAUUGAACUCGAUAAGGAGCUUAUGAUUUCCUUAGAACCUAUUGAUGCUGUGCCGAUAAAAAACAAAAUAGACUGUACAAUGUGUUCGACAAAGUUUAAAAAUAUCGAGAAUUUAGAAAAACAUAUGAGAGUCUGUCACGCUGCAGUUCUUAAAAAAGAAACACCGGCAACACAAAUCGAAAAUGGGAAAAUUUCUGUUCCUUGUUUUUAUUGUCGCAAACCAUUGAACGAUUAUUAUUCCUACACAGCACACUUUCGUGUGUGUCCUAAAAGAGACGAUUCGCUUACAUUUGUGUGCCCAAUUUGUAAUAAAUCGUUGGUGAAAAAAGCUAGUUAUUUCUUGCAUUUAAAAGCACAUUUCUUUCCCGUAGCUACUGUAAAAAAGAAUGAACCCACUUCACCCAAUAAUUUUUCAUGUCGCUUUUGUUCCACAAAGUACCCUAGCCAAGAAGCUCUUAUUGCGCACUUAGCUACACACAUGAGCAAUACAGAAGCUGUUGAAGAUGUCGGCGAUGAAGAAUCACGGGCUAGUACUUUGGAUGAUUCAGCUUCUGCACAUUCGGAAUACAACUCAUCAAUAAGGAGCGGACCAUACAAAUGUGAAAUAUGUGGAAAAGAAUUUAAAUACAAAAAAGCCCUAUCUACUCAUGCGGCUAGACAUGCUGAAGAUGUUAAUGUAAAAACUGAACCACCGGACAGAGACACUUCUGAGUUAUUGAGCCAGUCGAUGAAUUAUGAUCAAUCAAACCAGUCCGAUUCCGAAUCGAGCCACGGAGAAGAAGACAACACGUGUGAUAUUUGCGAACGUCAAUUUUCUUAUAAACGUCUACUCAUCCAACACAAGAGAACCAAACACAACAUGACCUCUGGAACGAAGAGAGCGAAGAUAAAUCUCAAAGACUGCGCCGUUCGCUGUCUCAUUUGUGACUUGGAAAUGAAAGUGAGCGCGAUAUAUGAGCACAAUCAGAAACACAUAUCGGCGAAUAUAAAGCCGAGAAAUAUGUACACUUGUAUGGAAUGCGAGCAACAGUUCAAGAGUUGUAGCGGACUCGCGAGUCAUAUUAAACUGGUGCACAGAUUGCAUAUGAAGCAGCAAGCGCCGAAGAUCACGGCGCCAACGCCGGACUUGGCGGAUUUUUGUGAAGUCGUUGUGACAAAGGCGGAGCCCCUGGAUUAUGUCCAGAGUCACAGCGACUUUGGGGAGGCUUCCGCCGGGACUGCGCCGGGCGUGUUCACAUGUCCCACAUGCAAUAAAGUGAUGCCCACGCUCAUUUCACUGAAGCGGCACAUGAAUUGGCACACUAAUGUCGGCAACAAUAUUGAGAAGAAACUCGAAUGUUUCGUUUGCAAAGAGACCUUCAGAUUCAAUUGUCACUACAAACUACACAUGCGAGAACACUACCAUGACACUAAUUUAGAUCCCAUACAUCUGACUUGUCCGAUUUGCAACAGAAAGAGCAAACACUUGCGCGCUGCGCAAGCGCAUAUGAACUAUCACAAACAAACCCGCUUCCAGAAUAAAGAUUAUGAGUGCGCUAUUUGUAAAAGAGUUUUCCAAUACAGAAAAGUUUAUCUCUCACAUAUGGCCAUACAUUUUAAGCGCGGGGAAUCUGCAAAUAACACGAUAAUAGGUUCUGAACUACCAAACACGGCCGACAAAACAGUUUUUGAUGGCUCUCAUACGUGUUCAAUGUGCGGUAAAGUGUGUGAUUCGGAAGCAUCGCUCAAAUGUCACAUGAGUUGGCACAAAUCGAAGACGUUACUAUUCGGUGCGCGGCAUGAGUGUGAAAUUUGCACUUUGCGGUUUACCAACAAGAGACGCCUCGAACUUCAUUUUCGAACCCAUUUCGAAGAUGAUAACGGUCCGUUUAAGUGUCAUAUUUGCGGUAAAGGCUUUAUCGCAGAAGAUUACUACCGGAGACACGUCAAAGGUCAUAACUUUGACCAUCAGUCUCAUAAGAAGAGGAUUGAGAAACUCAGAAAGGACAAAGUAAAGUGUCCAAUUUGUACAAGAUACUACCCAGACUUGGUGAAGCUUAUUCGUCAUCUAAGAAGAACUCACCCCGAAAGUAAAAUGAUUAAAGACGACCCGGAUGCUCCCCCGCCUAUGUACUAUCCGUGCAAAUUGUGUGCUAAGGUCUUCUUAGAUGCGCGACGUCUGCAACACCACGAAGAGGCUCAUCUUCGGAAACCAGAGUUCUUCAAGUGCAAGUUUUGUGGGAAGAAAACAAUUUCGCUGAAAAGUCAUCGCAUUCACAUCAAAGGACAUUUGACGCAGAAAUACAUUGACGAACCUCUGAAGUGCCCUCACUGCGAUGAUACAUUCACAAGAGGCUAUGACUUGCAUUAUCACUUGAGAGACGCACACGAUAUAGAUGAGACAUGGAUUGCCGAUCGAAAAAAUGCAGGCCUCGAUGGACCUCUGAAAGACCUGCAAUGUUCUAUAUGUUUCAAAAUACUCGCAUCUAAAGGUAAUUUCGAACGGCACAUUGACUACCAUAAUUCGCUACGGUGCAAUUAUUGUUUCGAUUACUUCAGUACGCUGAGAUUCUUGGAAGGCCAUCUUGCGUUCAGCUGCGAGAAAAAGAAAUUGAUUGGUGAUACUGAAAUAUAUCCUAGAAAAGUGAAAUGCCAUGUAUGUUACAAGGCAUUCCACAUUCAAGUGAAGUUAGACUGCCACAUGCGAACUCAGCACGGCAUUAAGUCGUUCAAAGAAGCUUCAGAGAGCAAAAAGGAAAUUGUAUGUGAUUAUUGUUUUAGAGUAUUUGAAAAUCCGGAUGCCCUCAGUACACACAAGCUUUAUCAUAGGACUAUAGGGUACUACGGAUGUCUUUACUGCAGCAGAAAGUUCAACACCAUGACAACAUAUAGAAAGCAUAAGAAUCAUCACUUAUCCCAACAUAAUGUGGAGAAUCCGACAAAGUGUGAACAUUGUGAUGAAACAUUUGUGCAGUUCCGCGAAUUUAUUUAUCACAUGCGAGAUGUUCACGGCGACAAUAAAGAGUGGGUCGUGCUACCGAAAGAUUCUAUUGAAGAGAAAUGUAAUAUUUGCAACAAAAUUUUUUACAAUCUACACAGACACCUCGCAUAUCACGAGGAGAAUAGGUGCAAGAAGUGCGGUGAAUACUUCUUUUCGCGGGUCGACUAUGACAACCACAUUUGUCACAUCGAUAGUGACGAUGAAGUUUUGGAGAACGCGGAGAACGAUAUUCGGCCGAAGUAUGAAGAGUGUCAGUUUUGCUUCAAACCUCUCACGCUCAAAACUAAAAAGGUACACGAUAUACUACACAAAGGAUCCGGUUCUAUAUCGUGCAGAUUUUGUCCUCUCAAAUUUAAAACAAUUGACGCGUUCAAUAUACACGCGUUUUCUCACCGAAGUAGAAAAUAUAAAAAACACCCGAUUCGUUGUCGCAUUUGUCGAGAGGCGUUCGUUAAAUAUGGGCCUUUCAUCCGUCAUAUGAAGAACGUGCACAAGUCGACCAAAAAGAUGCAUUACCGGACCACGAUCAAACCGGAAAAAUGCGUGGUGUGCUCGGGGUUGUUCCCGAAUUUGCACAAUCAUUAUCGGGCGCAUUUGCAAAAUCAAUGCCAACAAUGCCGGAAGUAUUUUACAUCAUCGAAACUGUUUUCGCAACACGCGUGCGACAAAGAAGACAGUGAUCCAUCGAAAGUGUUCACGAGUGACGCGAACCUGCCACAGCUGAUCAACUCUUAUGUGCCCGUAGAUGAGAAAGACGACGAAAAGUUUUACGGUUAUGAAAGCGAAAAUGCUGAGGAGGAAAACGGGGAAUUGCCUCAGAAUAACGUCAAUAGUCAUAUUGAAGAUCCUCAGAAUGAAGAUAGUCAGAAUUCCGCGGAUACAGCCGAGAGCACGAUACAUGAGAUGGCUCACGCGCCAAUAAUAUCUGACGUGCUCUCUCUGUACCAAAAGAAAGAAGCAGACAGCAAUGAGAACAAAGAUAUAGUUGAACUCACCGAUGAUGAUUCGGUGGGUUUUGAAAGUAAUAUACUUACGGUAAUUACUAUUGACGACGAUUAGUGUUUAUCGAGGUUUUAUUAUUAUAGUCUAGUUUAAAGUGAUUAAUUGUAAGAUUUUAGAUUAUUGAAGGCAGUUAUUAGGAUAUUAGAGUACUUAUUGACACGUUUCAGAGUACAAUUAUUACAAUAUCUGAUUUUGCAUUUAGUUUAGUACCUAAAUACCAAUAUAAAUUACAAUAUGCUUUUGUAAAUAACACUUAUAUAUUAUAGCAAUUAACUAGUUGUUCCAUAAAAAAAUGUGCGUGUACUAGUAUACACAUGUAAGAAGUGAAACUUCUUUUUC